AAUCACAUUGGCUUUGCCCGAAGUUUUUUUUUUUUUUUUUUUCCUCCUAGCUCUUCUUUAGCAUGCUGCUAUGGGCAAAGUGACCAUUCCUGUCAAUCGGAGAAGGAGGAGAGGUUGGCUGGCGACGGGGAGCCUGUGACUUCUACGUGACCAUGGUACCUGUUGAAAACACCGAGGGCCCCACGCUCCUGAAACACAAGGGCAGAGCGGCCCAGACCGAGGGCAGCGCUCGGGCCCGCCGCGGCCGGCAUCCUUCUUGUUCUGGAGGUUGCAGCCUGUUUACCUUCCUGUCAUCAGUCACUGCAGCUGUCAGCGGACUCCUGGUGGGAUACGAGCUUGGCCUCAUCUCUGGGGCCCUUCUUCAAAUCAGAACCUUGCUAGCCCUCACCUGCCACGAACAGGAGAUGGUGGUGAGCUCCCUCCUCAUUGGUGCCUUCCUGGCCUCUCUCAUUGGCGGCUUUCUAAUUGACAGGUACGGCAGAAGGACGGCGAUCAUCUUGUCAUCCUGCCUUCUUGGACUUGGAAGCUUGGUCUUAAUACUCAGUUUAUCCUAUGCCGUUCUGAUCAUAGGACGCAUUGCAAUAGGGGUUUCUAUCUCCCUCUCUUCCAUUGCCACGUGUGUUUACAUCGCUGAGAUUGCACCUCAGAACAGAAGAGGUCUUCUUGUGUCACUGAAUGAGCUGAUGAUAGUCAUUGGCAUUCUUUGUGCCUAUAUUUCAAAUUACGCCUUUGCCAAUGUGGCCCAGGGCUGGAAAUAUAUGUUUGGCCUUGUUAUUCCCUUCGGAAUUUUGCAAGCAAUUGCAAUGUACUUUCUUCCUCCCAGCCCUCGGUUUCUGGUGAUGAAAGGAAAAGAGGAAGCUGCAAGCAAGGUCCUUGAAAAACUAAGAUCUGUCUCAGAUACCACAGAGGAACUCACUACAAUCAAAUCUUCCCUGAAGGAUGAAUAUCAGUUCAGUUUUGGGGAUCUGUUUCGUUCCAAAGACAACAUGAGGACCAGAAUAAUGAUAGGUUUAACACUGGUUUUUUUUGUACAAGUCACUGGACAACCAAACAUACUAUUCUACGCAUCAACUGUUUUGAAGUCUGUUGGCUUCCAAAGCAAUGAGGCAGCUAGCCUGGCUUCCACUGGGGUUGGAGUGGUCAAGGUUGUCAGCACCAUCCCGGCCACCUUUCUUGUUGACCACGUUGGCAGCAAAACCUUCCUCUGCAUUGGCUCCUCUGUGAUGGCAGCCUCACUGCUGACCAUGGGCAUUGUGAACCUCAACAUCCACAUGAAUGUCACCAAUAUCUGCCAAAGCCAUAGCCCAGUCAACCAGUCUUUGGAUGAGCUUGUAUUUUAUGGUCCAGGAAACUUGUCUGUUAGCAACAACACUCUCAGGGAGUACUUUAAAGGGAUCCCUUCCCACAGCAGUAACUCACUUGUUGUGCCUAUGAAAAAUGAUAAAGAUGUAAAAGCAGAGACAAGCCCUACAUCCUUACCAAAUUCAGGACUAAGCCAAACUGAACACGAGACAGUCACAGACCCUGCAGAUGUUCCAACUUACUUGAAAUGGCUGUCUUUAGCCAGCUUGCUUAUUUAUGUGGCUGCUUUUUCAAUUGGUCUAGGACCAAUGCCCUGGCUGGUGCUCAGUGAGAUCUUCCCUGGUGGCAUUAGAGGAAGAGCCAUGGCAUUAACUUCCAGCAUGAACUGGGGCAUCAAUCUCCUCAUCUCUCUGACAUUUUUGACAGUAACUGAUCUCAUUGGCCUGCCGUGGGUGUGCUUUAUAUAUACAAUCAUGAGUCUGGCAUCCCUGGCUUUUGUUGUCAUGUUUAUCCCUCAGACGAAGGGACGCUCUUUGGAACAAAUAUCCGUGGAGCUAGCAAAAGCGAACUUCGUGAAAAACAACAUUUGUUUUAUGAGUCAUCACCAAGAAGAAUUAGUGCCAACCCAGCUUCAAAGAGGAAAACCCCAAGAGCAGCUCUUGGGGGUAUAAAAGCUGCAUGGCAGGGACAGCAAAGCAACUCUCCCAGAGCCCAAAUGGCCUGCACACUUUGAAAUGCCGACCGUUGAAGAACAUGCAAGAGGUCUUUGCACCAGAACAUAUUUGCCACUUCCACAUUUUCUCUUCCGGGGCAUGGAGCUAGCUUUAGGGUCUCCUAAAGACAUCUCUUAGCUCUCUCUUCCCCACAAGGUAGAUGAGGUACAAGAUCUUAAGUGAUCUCUUUCUCUGAGCACAGAAUCAGGUAAAAUAUAUACAUAUGUAUUGUCUGAUUCAAUAGUUCUUCAAUGCCUUCUUCACAGAGCAGCCUUGCUGAGACCGAGUCCUAGCGAUGAGCAACCUUGGCUGUUAAGCAACAUAUGCACGGAGACCAAUUGCCCGUGUUACUCUUCAGACAUGAGAUGUGGGCACAAGCUGAGUUUUUGCCUACUGUAAGACACAACUAGCCCUAGGUCUUGUGUGAAGAACCAGGCCGUACAAUGCGGAAGACAUAAUUGCACAUAUGUUCUAGAUUAGGACAGGAUAUUAGCAAGGAUUUUAGUGAUAAUAACUAGCUACAGUUCAACAAGUACAGAUUAUACAGCUUACUUUGUCA